UUGUGCGCGCUCGGCCCGCAGUUACCGAACGCCGGUUGUACACGCGCAGACAGUGCAAAACUGUUGUUGUUGUCUUGACGAUCGUGUGUCCGGUUUCUUUGGUUGGCAAAACCAGAUCUCUCUCUCUCUCUCUCUUGCGAACGUUCAGUUUUGCAGAAUUUUGUCGCAUGUGCGGGAGAUUAAACGCUCAAUGAUGUCUCCACGGUUUAGCUUUUAAAUGUAUUUUUUUUUUAAAUUAGAUUUUUAAAAAUUGUAACAAAAUUAGUAAGACAAAGUGAGAGUCAAAUAUAUAUUAAACGAGAAUUUCGAUAGUGAAUUUUUUCGGUCUCGUCCACAGGAUGAGGGGGAGUCUGUUAUUAUGGAAUGGUUUUCUUCUUCUAAUUAUUGGGACCGUUUCUGUCAUCAGUUUAGAGAAUGACGAUUUGGUGUUUGCUGAAAAUAGACUGUCUGAGGCUGAAAUCCCUCUUGUAGUGAAACAUCAGGAUGAAUCUAUUUUGCAAAGGAUAAAACGGGGAUUUUUAGAUUGGUUUACAUCUCCUUCGAAAUCAGCUUCAACGACUACGACAACAACAACUACUACAGUCGUUCCAGAAGAAAAAGAAGAGAUUGUUGCUCCAUUGAUUGACGAUGAUGAAACGCUUUUCAAAGACAGUACAACUCAAAAAAAUACCGUCGAUCAUGGAAAUAAUUUCUCGUCAAACAGAGUGGCACGGGAAAGCGGUGAAGAAAAUACCAUCUAUGAUGGAGAAUCUUUGGUUGAUGAAGAACAUAGAAACGAUCAAUCAAAUGACAUUGGACAUAUGGCAGAAAGUCGACGGACAGAAACCAGGUAUCGAACAAGUGAUGAUGAAGAUCUUGUUGGAUCAGGAGAGGCUGAAGGAAGUGCCAUUGAUUUGGAUCCACCCAGAAGAACUGAUUCGAAAAAGACAAGAUUUUAUCGAGCUACUCUUACAAUUGGCGAGCCAUACAGAAGGGACUAUGCUGAUAGAAAUUCCCAGGAAUACAAAGCAUUGAGUUACAAUUUAACAGAAACAUUAGCACGAUUAUAUCAAAAAGAAGCACCCGAGGAUUUUACACAUGUCACUGUCGUCAAGAUAGAAAAUACAACCGACGCUUUCAAGUCUCAAGUUACACUUGACAUUGGAACCUCAAUUUCUAACGAGGAUGAGGUGCGAAACAUUCUUGAAACAAAUCUGCAACUCCACAGUUUGGGUUAUAUCCAAGUGAGUCCAGAGGGAUUUUCAUUCCGUAGUUUUCAAGGAGUAGGCGAACCUUCAUAUGAAUGCAACAGCUUAACGGAAUUGACAUGUCGUAGUGGUACAUGUGUUCCUCUUCAUACACGUUGUGAUGGUAUAAAAAAUUGUAGUGAUGGAUCUGAUGAAUUGGACUGUCCUUCAACAACUGAGCAUGUUCGAGAUGAAGAUGAAGAUACGGAUUCUAACCAAUUGUUCAAUACAACAUACAGACCAAUAGAAAAUAAAUGUCGAGCAGAUGAUGUAGUAACAUGUCCCGAUGGAAGUCGACGUAUUUGUGGUGUUCAAAUGUGUGAUGGUAUUCCUGAUUGUGACGAUGGAAGUGAUGAAGAAAAUUGUCCACAUCCAGGUUGCAGCAUUGGAGAAUUUGCCUGCGAUGUUUCACGAUGUAUUUUGGAAUCUCAACGAUGUGACUACAAAGUUGACUGUCAUGACGGUAGUGACGAGCACGAUUGCGACUAUCCCGCUUGUAGCAGCAAUCAAUUCAAAUGUAGAAAUCUUCAAUGUAUAGACAUUAAACAAUAUUGUAAUGGAGUGCCAGACUGCCUGGAUGGUUCCGAUGAAAUAAAGUGCCAAUCUAGAAAAUGUACAGACGAUGAAUUUGAAUGCACGCCAGGAUACUGUGUGUCAAAUUCCAGACGAUGUGAUGGAGUAAAUGACUGCCAAAAUAGAAGAGACGAAUUAUAUUGUGGAUCACACAACACGACUCGAAAUUGUGGUCCGGAUCAAUUUGAAUGUGAUAAUGGCCGUUGCAUCAACAUAAAUCAGAAGUGCGAUGGUCGACAGGAUUGUCGCGAUUAUACCGAUGAGCACAAUUGCAAUGUGACAUCGUGUCCUGCGGAUCAAUUCCGUUGUUUAGAUGGCACCUGUUUGAAUAUAGACAAAAGAUGCGAUGGAAUUCAGGACUGUCGUAAUGGAGACGAUGAAAGCCAAUGUGGUUGCAAAGCUGCGGAAUUUAGCUGUGCGGACGGAACUUGCAUCGACUAUGGGUUGCAGUGCAAUGGCUACGAGGACUGUCAGGAUGGCUCUGACGAGAAAGAUUGUGAUGAAAUUUCAAGGCGAAUUACCAAAAUUGAAAAAAGUCAUAGGAAAAAAAAUUCUGGACAUGGAACAAAAUCAAAUAUCAAAAAAUUUAAUUCACAUGGAUCAAGAGGAAAAAAAAAGAAAUUAUCAUCACAAAAAGAAGAAGAAGAAGAAGAAUGGAAUUUAAAAAAUCAAGAUAAAAAUCAAUCUAAUGGAAAAUUGGAAAAAAAUAUUAUUAUAACAACAAAUACAGAAUUAUCGAGACCAUUAAAAUCAUCAAUGAUUACUGUUCUUCAACAUGAACCUAUUUUUGAUUAUAAUCGAACUAUUAUUCUCACUACAAAAUAUCAAAAAGAAGAUCUUACAUCUCUUACUAAAACAACGAAUAAUAAUAAUCAUAAUAAUGAAAUUUCCAGUAAUGCUAUUAUUAAAAUUCAAAGCAAGGAUGAAAAAUUAAAGAAAAAUAAAAAAAAAUUAAAAAGAAAACGUCAUUUUUCAACGACUACAACCGAAAAAUCGUUAUCUAGUAUUUCGGUAUUAAAUGUCACAGGGAAAAUCAAAGAGAAAAAAAGAGAGAAAAAAAGAAAGAAAGAAUCAACAACAACGGAAGUUGUCACAACUGAGGAUUUUGGAGUUGUUGUAUUUUCGGCAUUUAAAAAUGAUUCACAAUUUGCAAGGCAGGAGAAUAAUUUCAAGGAAAAUUUAAAAUUGAAAAUUCAACAAAAUAAUAAUAAUACAAAAGCACAAGAAUUGGUGAAAAAUAAAAAUAAUACUAUUUCUAUUAAUAAUUCUAAAAUAAAUAAUGAUAUUAUUAAUAAUACUGUGAAUUUACAACAAAACAAGGAAAAUAAUUUACAAAUUAAAGAAAAAUCCCACAAAUUAAAUAAAAUGAAAAAAAAAUUAAAGGACAAAAUUUUGGCCAACGAUAAAAAGAAAAUGGAAAAUUUAACCGAUAUUGUCGUUGGAAAUUAUACCGCAAAAGUUGGAUCGUCAAUUCAUAAAUAUAUUACAAAAUAUAAUAUCACUUAUACUAUUCCCAACACUACGGAUUUACAAAUUAUUGAUAAAACUAAUGAUAAAAAACUGGAAAAUUAUGAAAUUUUUACAACGCCAGCUAGUAAGCAUAAAAAGAAAAUAAAGAAACACAAAAAUAAAAAUAGAAAAAUUAAAAAACCUGAAAUCAAAGAAGAAACAAACAAGACGGAGGACAAUAAAACGAUAAUUGAAAAAUAUGAUUUGAAAAAAGAAAAUAAAAUUUUGAAAAAUGAUGUAAAAUUGAAUAUUACUUCAAAGCAACAAUUUAAAAAAUGUGAAAUGAAAUGUAUCAAUUUUUGGCGUCAACGUUAUGAAAAUUUAUUAAAGAAAAUUACAUCAAAUGAUACUUUACCACCAAGUGAAAAUGAUAUUAAUUUUGAAUUAAAUAAUACUUUUCAUGAUUGUUUGGAACCUAUUUUAGAAUUAAAUAAUGAAACAUCAAAAAUUGCAACAACUGUUAAAACUCAUCUGGAUAAUAAAGAGGAAAACCAAGAAAUGCCAAAAUUUCAGGAAAUGAAGAAUAAAACAGAAAUUGUCAAGGAAAAUGAGAAAAAUCAAAAUAAAAAUGAAAAAAUAGUGGAUAAAAAUAUUGAAAAAGAAAAGAAAAUUGAAACAAAAAAGUCAAAAAAGAAGGAUAUAGAAAAACAAUCAAAUAAAGAUGGUAAUAAAAGGAAAGAGGGGAAAAAGAGAAAAAAAGGAAAAAAAAGAAUUCGAACUACUGUAAAAACAACAGAAAUUACAACAAUUACACCUGUUGAAAAUUUACAUGAAAAAAUAAUUAAUUUUUCUUUAACAAAUGAUCUUGAAACUUCUGAAUCAAUUAAAAAUAAAGCCGAUUAUAAUAUAAGUGAAACAAGAAAAGAUUUUAUAUCUACGACUGAAUCAUUAAAAGUUGGUGGCUGGGAUUGGAAUUUCGAUUCGUUUAAGGAAUUUUUUACAUUUGACACAUCUAUGGAGAAAAAAGAUGAUUUAAAUAAAAAAAAUGAAAAUAAAUUACAAGAAAAUGUAUUUUCAUUUAAAAAUGAAAAUACAUUUUCCGAAACAAAUGAUAUUUUAUUUAAUAAUAUUUCCACUGAAUCAAUGACAAUUUUAAAUAAUUAUUCGACAAUUUCAUUUCAUGAUAUAAAUUUGUCAACAAAAAAUAAUUGUGAAUUUUCUGAUUGUAAUAAUAAUAAUAAAAAAAUUGGUGCCAAUAAUUUUACAAUAAAUAGUACAGAAAAAUAUUCAUCAUUAGUAAAAAGAAUACGUAAACCUAAGAAAAAUAAAGAAAAUUGUAAAAAAAAUCCAAAUUCAGAAAAAUGUAAAAAAAAUAAAAAAUCGAAAUUUUCAACAACAAUAAUAAAAAAUGAAAUCACUACGGAAAAAUAUAUUGUAACAACAGAAUUUCAAAAUCGUGAAUUUGUCUCAGAUGAGGAUUUCGAUUCAAAGGAGGCGAGAAAUAAAAAAAAUACAAUAAUUGCAGAUGAUGGUCUACAAACAACAAGUAGACUGUGGAAAAAAAUUUUACAAACUAACGAGAGUGAGAAUGCAAUGGAAAGAUUGAAAAAAAAUGACAAGAGUAUUGAUAGAAGAAGAGGAAGUGAUAAAAAAGAAAAUGAAAUAAAUAUUAAGAAAAAAGAUGUAAAGAAAAAAAAUAAAGUUUACAAAAAUGAAACAGAUUAUUAUGAAGAUGAUGAUGAUAUUGAUGAUGAUGAUGAUGACGACGAUGAUGAUGACAUUGACGAUGAAGAAUUUGAUGAUAAUAAAAUAAAUCUCGAUGAUUAUGAUACAAAUGGCACACAAUGUUUUGAUAAUGAACAUUUUUGCGAUGGCGUUUGUCUCGAUCAAAAAUUGAAAUGUGAUUCAAAAAAACAUUGCAGCGAUGGUAGUGAUGAGGAAAAUUGUCAUGAAAAAAUAAAUUUUAAUAAAAGGGGCAAAAUGAUUAAAACUGGUUCAAAUAAAAUUCUCGAAUCAACGAUAUAUGAAAGUCAUGAACCAUGCCGACCAUGGGAACAUUAUUGCGAUGGAAAAUGUAUUAAUUCGGAAAAAAUUUGCAAUGGAUUUUAUGAUUGCAACGAUGGAAGUGAUGAGGAUUUGCGAAAAUGUAGACAAGAAUGUAAAAAUGACGAAAGAAUGUGCGCUAAUGGUAUUUGCAUCAAAGCUGACUUUUUCUGUGACGGAAGGACCGAUUGUUUAGACGGAAGUGACGAGAGAGAUUGUAAAAAUCACAACGAAAUUCCAAGUUAUCCAAGUUGUUCACCUAAUGAAUUUACAUGUGCCGAUGGAUCUUGCAUUCCAAGCUCGUAUGUUUGCAAUCAUAGGCCUGAUUGUUCAGAUAGUUCUGAUGAAAUAAAUUGCCGAGGUUGCACUCGUGAUCAAUUUCAAUGUUGGAGUAAUGGUGUUUGUAUUCAUGGAAGUCAGAGAUGUGACAGAAUUUACAAUUGUGAUGAUGGUUCUGACGAAACUGAUUGUCCGAAUAUUGAAGAAACAACACGACCGGGAGCUCAUCCCAUGCCAGGCUGUCCUGGAAAAUUCAUGUGUCGUUCUGACAAUACGUGUUUGCCUCUAUCUGCUCGUUGUAACGGAAUUACGGAAUGUAGAGAUCGCUCCGAUGAAGAUCAUUGUGAAUGUCAACCUGACCAUUGGAGAUGUGAAAAAGGUCCUUGUAUUCAUAUAUCAUUGAGAUGUAAUCAUAUGAUAGAUUGUCCUUAUGAUAAUUCGGACGAAUUGGACUGCGAUUUCUUUGAUAGUAACUCCUCCUUGGCCGAUUUGGAUUUAAAAACAUAUCCAAGUGAACAAAUUAUCAAAGAAAACCCAGCGAAAUUAGGUCGAGAAGUUGUGUUCCAAUGUCGUGAUGAGGGACCACUUCGAUCUAAGGUUCGUUGGAUCAGAGGAAAUGGUUUACCACUACCACCAGGCAGUACAGAUGUUAAAGGACGUUUGGAAAUUCCAAAUAUUCAACUCGAACAUGCUGGAAUUUAUGUUUGUGAAGCAAUUGGACAUUAUCAUAGUCCGGGAAAUCAGAAAAUUGUUAAUCUUCAAGUUGAAAAGUUUGAAUUUCCAACAAAUCGACCACCACAAACUUGUGGUUAUGAUCAAGCAACAUGCAGCAAUGGUGAAUGUAUUCCAAAAUCCAAAGUUUGCGACGAUGUUUUCGAUUGUUCAGACGGAUCUGACGAAAUGAGAUGCAAGAAAUAUGGUUGUGAACCAAAUGAAUAUCGUUGUGCGAAUAAACAAUGCGUAAGUAAAUUGUGGCGCUGCGAUGGAGAUAAAGAUUGUAGCGAUGGAAGUGAUGAAGAAAAUUGUGCGCCAACACCUCCUGGUUCACCAUGUCGAAACAGUGAAUUCCAAUGUAGAAGUCAUAAUCAAUGUAUACCGAAAAGUUUCCAUUGUGAUGGUGAACGCGAUUGUCAGGAUGCAAGUGACGAACUCGGAUGCUCUCCCGUCUACAUCACAAAACCACCUCAACCAAUGGUGAUACUAAAACCAGGAGACGUUAUGAUUCUGACUUGUACAGCAACUGGAAUUCCAAUUCCGGAAAUAAAUUGGCGAUUAAAUUGGGGUCAUGUACCAGCAAAAUGUACAUCUACAUCAGUAAAUGGAACCGGAACUUUAACAUGUGAAAAUAUUCAAAUCUCCGAUCAAGGCGCCUAUUCUUGUGAAGCAUUAAAUAUCGCUGGUUUUGUAUUUGCUGUACCCGAUGCAAUACUUGUUGUUAAACCGGAAGGUGAAAGAAUAUGUCCACCUGGAAAAUUCAAUGCCGAUGCCAAGACACCAGAUGAAUGUAUUUCGUGUUUCUGCUUUGGAGUUGCAACCGAUUGUCGAAGUGCUAAUUUAUUUACCUAUCAAAUUCCACCACCUUUCGAUCGACACAGAGUUGUUAAUGUUGACACAUCAUCGGAAAUUAAAAUUGGAGCCGAUGCUGAUCGUAAUUUAAUUGGUGUGCAACCAAUUGGUAUCGAUGGUGCACAAUUAAUUUCCUCGUAUUAUAAUGAACUUAAUAAUUAUAAUAUUCCUUAUUUUGCCCUACCGGAAGUAUUCCGUCACGAACAAUUAAAAUCCUAUGGUGGUUAUUUGAAAUAUACGAUUAGAUACAGUGGUAAUGGAGUGCCAAAUGAAGCGCCAGCGGUAAUUUUGACAGGAAAUAAUAUUACUCUAAUUUAUAAGGGUAAAGAAGUAUUGCCACAUUAUGAUACUGAGGAGAGUGUUCGUUUCUUUGAGGGUUAUUGGCAGAAGAAAUUGGGAAGAUACGAGGAGCUUGCGACACGAGCGGAUAUUAUGAUGGUUUUGCAAAAUGUUGGCGAAAUACUCAUUAAAGCCAAAUAUGAAGAUUCGCCAGAAUUGGAUGUGACGAUUACAAAUAUUGUUUUUGAUUCUGCGGAUGCAACGAAUACGGGUCUUGGUUCUGCUGCUUUUGUCGAGGAAUGUAUGUGUCCUUCGGGAUAUUCUGGUUCAUCUUGUCAAUCGUGUGCCUCGAGUCAUAGAAAAAUUCAAAGUGGUCAAUUUUUGGGUCACUGUGUACCGGACACUGUGGAAGUUUGUCCACCAGGAUAUUAUGGCGAUCCUUCGAGAAAUAUUCCUUGUCAACUUUGUCCCUGUCCACUUACAAAUCCUGAUAAUCAACACGCUCGAACGUGCCGUCUUGGACCACGUAAUGAACCAAUUUGCGAUUGUCCUGCCGAAUAUACUGGCGAUCGUUGUGAAAAAUGUGCAGCUGGAUUCCAGGGCGAUCCUUAUAGAGGCAAAUGUAUACCAAUAACGGCAGCAUGCGAUCCAGCAGGUAGUCUCAGUAGUUACGUUGAUCCUCGAACGAAUUCAUGUCGAUGCAAGCCACAUACAACUGGUCUUUUGUGCGAUGAAUGCAAGGAUAAUGCUAUUCGUCUACCCUCGUCGAAACAUCUAAGAUGUCUUUCUUGCUUCUGUAUGGGUGCCACUAAUAGAUGUGUUGGUUCCAAUUUAUAUCGAAGCGAGAUUCGAGUAACGUUCUCUUCAUCUACAAGAGAUUUUUCUUUGGUUGAAUCAAGAUCACCAAACGCUGAACCUAUUGUUAAUGAUUUGAGAAUUGAUGCAGUUUCACGUGAAAUGAUUUAUAGAAAUUUCCCCAAUCGUGGCAAUAAUGAUGUUUAUUAUUGGCAAUUACCGAGUAUUUUCUUGGGCGAUAGAGUAACAUCUUAUGGUGGUAAUCUUAAAUAUACAGUUAGAUAUAUGCCAUCUCCUGGUGGGCAAAGUUCACGAAAUAAUGCUGCAGAUGUUAUCUUGAUGAGUUCAAACAGUGAAUUAAUAUUGCUUCACUAUGCAUCAAAUAAUAGAACGAGUUCAGCUGAUUUUAAUACACAACAAACAUUUACUGUUCCAUUGUUAGAGGAAUAUUGGCAACGUGAAGAUGGCACAAAGGCUGACAGACAAUAUUUGUUGGUAGCAUUGGCCGAUGUUAAAGCAAUUAGAAUUAAAGCAACUUAUACAACACACACUGAUGAAGCUGCUCUAUCCAUGGUUUCGCUUGAUACAGCAGAAAGAUUUAACACCGGAAGAGAUCGUGCUCCAGAAGUUGAGGAAUGCAGUUGUCCAGCUGGUUACAAAGGUUAUUCUUGCGAAGAUUGUGAUUUAGGAUAUACGAGAGUUGCUGAGGGAAUAUAUCUUGGAAGCUGUGAUCCUUGCAAUUGUAAUGGACAUUCUAAAUAUUGCGAUGCCGAAACAGGUGUUUGUAAGAACUGCGAUCAUCACACAACUGGCGAUCAUUGUGAAUAUUGUGAACAUGGAUACGAAGGGGAUGCAACUCGUGGUUCUCCACACGAUUGUCAACAAAAUGGUACCAUAACACCAAGUUGUGAUCCAGCAGGAUCGGAAAAUGGUUUAUUAGUUGGCGAUCAGUGUAUGUGUAAACGAAAUGUCAUUGGUCCACGAUGUGAUCGUUGUCGUCCUUCAACUUUUGGUCUCUCGAUAAACAACACCGAUGGAUGUAAUCAAUGUUUCUGCAGCGGUGUUUCCAAUCAAUGUCACGAAAGUUCUCUCUAUAUUCAACAAUUGCCAAUAUUUAUUUAUGAUAAUAGCAACAAAUUCAUACUUACCGACAGCUCAAGACAAAAAGUCAUCGAUACAGUGUUUGAUUUAAAUAUUGCAACAAAUGAAAUUGGUUACCGUUAUUCGGGUUCACGUAGUCCCAGACUAUAUUGGUCCCUUCCAAAAGAAUAUACAGGCAAUAAAUUGACAAGCUAUGGUUCAAAUUUAAUUUUAACUCAACAUAUUAUAACACAACCGAGAGCGCGUACUUAUUCAGAUCAAGAUGUCAUUCUCUUUGGAAAUGGUAUAACUCUUUAUUGGAAAAAUUCCCGUGAUUUAGUUCCUGGCGUUAAAAUGACCUACAAUGUUCCGUUUAGAGAAUCGGAAUGGUAUCGACUAACUCAAGAAGGUCCACGUCGUGCUUCAAGAAUUGAUCUAAUGACUGCUUUAACCGAUGUCGAGGCAAUAUUAGUUCGAGCUACACAUAGCGAAGAAAUGAUUGGCACUUAUAUUAGUGAUAUUAUUUUGGAAUUUGGAAGUCAAUCUUAUGGUUCACAGCGAGCAACACAAGUUGAAAUUUGCACAUGUCCCGAGGGUUAUGAUGGUAAUUCAUGUGAAAAUUGUAGAAGAGGAUAUUUCAGAAGUAAAAGUGACAGAUCAAGAAGUCUACUUGGCAAUUGUGAAAAAUGUCCCUGCAGCAAUAAUGAAUUAAGUUGUGAUUUAAGUCGCACUGGUCAAGUUAUUUGUCACUGUGCACCGGGAUACACUGGACAUGAUUGCUCUCAACUUCACGAGCUCAGGGUAGGUCUUAUGCCCGUGAAUGUUGAAAUGUCACCAAACACUGUCGUCAAUUUCACAUGCAAUUAUGAAGUACUGGCGGAAAAAUUUAAGAUCAUUUUCAAUUUAUCAUCAUUCGAGGGAAAACCAAUAACAGCUAAGGGUUUAAAACUUAGUCAUAUGCAUUGGACUAGCUAUGGUGGCUAUCGAUAUUGGAGUGUCAACAUUGGAAGAACUCCAUGUCUUGUCGAAUGUUUUAUAUUGGAUAAACAGGGCAAAGAACUGGCUCGGAUCAUGACGUCUGUGAAACCAGGUUUUCCUGAUUCAUCCCGUAAUCAAACAAUAGACACUGGAUAUCCUCCGGAACCAACAAUAACUGUCGAAAUUACAGAACCUGCAUUCCAAAUAGUUCAAACUGGAAAUACGGUCACAUAUCAUUGUUCAGGAAAAUCUAAAGAAUCCAAUCAAGUUCGAAUUAAAUGGGAAAAAGAUGGUGGAAGACUACCUCCUGACAGAAGUAUCGAUGAUGAAAGUGGAGUGCUGGUCAUACAAGAUGUAACCGUAUCGGACAGUGGUGUUUAUAUUUGUCGUGUUACCGAUGGAUACGAAGUGGCAACAAGUAACGUCACUCUCUCCGUUGGAGUAUCUGAACCAACUGAACCCAGAGCUGAAAUAUCACCACGUUAUAAAGAAGUCCAUGAGGGUGAAAAUUUUGAAUUCCGUUGUCAAGCCACUGGAUAUCCACAACCGGAAAUAAGAUGGACCCGAGCAAAUGGUCCACUGAGUCAAGAAACAAGAAUUCACGGCGGUGUUUUAAGAUUCACAAAUGUAAGAAAGAGCGAUGAAGAUGAAUACAAGUGUAUUGCUAAAAAUAGCGAAGGUGUUACUGAAGUAACAGGUGUAUUGUACGUUAAAGAUUACGCUGAACCGACUCAUUAUCCGCAUUCGCCGAUGAAUAUUACACUUCAACCGACUGAAUGGACAGGAAGUAGUGGCGAUACUGUGCGUAUAACAUGUUCAGCUUCAAGAAAUAGUCGAGUAACAUGGACACGUUCGGGAAAAAUUCCACUGCCCUAUUCAGCGACUCAACAUAAUGGAGUUUUAAUAAUUCAAAAUCCAAUGCCAAAUGAUUCUGGUGUUUAUGUUUGUACAGCAGUUAAUUAUGAAGGACAGGAGAAAAGUGAACAGGCACGAAUAACAAUUGUUCAAAGACAACAGGAGGUUCCAGUUGUUAAAGCACAACCCGAACGACAAACAGUUUCACAGGGUACUAAUGCUGAAAUAAGAUGUAUCGUCUCUGGUGAGCAGGGAAUGCAUUUCAAAUGGACAAAACAUGGUGAAACUUCACUUGGACCAAAUGCUCAGGAGAUGGGUGAUACUUUGAAAUUCCAUAAUAUUCAAGUACACGAUCGAGGAAUUUAUAUUUGCCGUGUUAGUAAAGCGAGAACUAGUUAUGAAGCUAGCGCUAUGAUCGAAGUUGAACAACGACAAUCUCCGAUUGUGGAAUUAUAUCCAAGUAAAUUACAAACUGUAUUAAUUGGUGGUUCAGCGGAUAUGCAAUGUCGUGCCCAAGGUCAACCCACACCGGAAGUACAUUGGUCACGUGAAGACGGUCGAUUAUUCUCACAUAAUAUUGAACAAUUACCAGGAGGACUUUUGAGACUAACGAAUAUUAGUUACAAUGAUGAGGGUCAUUAUGUUUGUACAGCAACAAAUUCAGUAGGAAGAGCAACAUUAGCUUCAGAAAUUGUUGUUCAUUCACGACCAAUUAUUACCAUUAGUCCAAAUAGUGGAAUUUUAAAUGUCAAAACAGGAGAUAGAGUGAAAUUGAUUUGCUCAGCUGUUGGUAAACCGCAGCCAAAUAUUGUUUGGACCAAACGAACGGAUUCGUCAUUCAUGGAUCCAUUCAGUCGAUCGGGAAGUAAUGCGGUUUAUGAGAUUUAUUCUGUUUCACUGGACGAUGAAGCAACUUAUACGUGUCAAGCGACAAAUUCCGCGGGUGUUUCAGAAGAAAGUGUACAUAUUAAAGUUGAUGAGGAUAUUAUUGAUCAACCACCAGCGCCCUGUCGGGGAGAUCAACCAUGCAAUGAGGAUAUUUCUUAUCCACCUUCUAAUCCCAAUUCGGCGGUGGUGAUUGAAGAUACAUUCAAUAAAAUACCAACUGGAGGAAAAGUUGAAUUACGUUGUCAAUUAAAAGGAAGAGAUGUGGAGCACAUUUAUCUUGAUUGGAAGAGAGGUGAACAUCUUCAAUUACCAGAGGGAAGUACAAUUCAAGGUGGAAUAUUAACUAUACCAGUUGUGACAAAAGAAGCUGAGGGAGAAUACAUUUGUCUUGGUCUUGAUCAUCAUGGUUCAGUUUUAUUCGAAGCGAAAUCAAUUCUCGAAGUUGUUUCUGUACCUAGAAUUGAAUUAAAUCCAACAAAACAAAUUGUUCGUCCUGGUGAGAAUCCGAGCAUAUUGUGUCGAGCAACAGGUGACGAGCCUCUUAAAAUUGAAUGGAAAGCAGUUGGUCGUGAAAUGCCUAAUUCAGUAACGAGAGAUCGUGGUUAUAUUAAAUUCCACGGAAUUACUUAUUCCGAUGCAGGAAGAUAUGCCUGUAUUGCCACAAAUUCAGCAGGAAGUGCUAAAGCUGUUGCAGAAGUUUUAGUUAAUGAAAACGAAGGAAAUGUAGUUCGAGCCUUAGAGAGAGAUAUAUCGACAUUCGCUGGAAAUACGGUUAGAUUGAGGUGUGUUGUUCAAGAAAGAGCUGUUAUUCAAUGGAGCCGAGAAGGUCAACCUCUACCAACAAAUUCACGAGCAGGUGAUGAUUAUCUAGAAUUAUUCUACGUUCAACCAGAAGACAGUGGACAAUACACAUGCAAAACGAGUAACGAAAAUGGUGUAUCGAGCGAUUUUAUAAACUUAAAUGUCAGCCCCGCUACUGCGCCUUACAUUUCCGUGAAACCAUCACAAGAUCUUGUCAAUAUUGGAGAUACUGUUGAUUUAAUUUGUUCAACUUCCGGUGUUCAAAAUCCUCGAUAUUUAUGGUCGAAACUCAAUGAAAUAAGUUUACCGCAUAAUUCAAGAGCUCAUGGAAGUACAUUGAGAAUUUCAAAUGCAGCUGUUAGUGACAGUGGAACUUAUAGAUGUACUGUAGAAAGUCGCGAUGUUACUUUGGAUGGUGAUUACAAUCUCGUUGUUCAAGGUGGUACGGCCGACGCUCCAGCUAUUGAAACAGUGUCAGCUCCAUAUGGAUCAGACAUUGAGAUGAAUUGCAGUCCCAAUUUAGAUCCUCCAUUGAAAUUCCAUUGGAAAAAACUUGAAGGACAAAUGCCAUCGAAUAUUGAUCCACAUGAAAAUAAAUUGAGGAUUGAGAAUGUUAAAGCGGAAAAUGCUGGAACGUAUAUUUGUGUGGCAGACAAUGGUCUUGAGACACUUGAAGUUCCAAAUGUUCUAGUCGUAACUGGAGUUGUGCCAUAUUUCCAUCAAGCUCCACAAAGUUACAUUGCCCUUGCACCAUUGACUGAUGUUCAGCUUAAAUUUAAUAUUGAGGUCUCUUUUAAAACGGAAAGCUACGAUGGAUUAAUUCUCUAUAAUGAUGAAACUCAUCGUGGAAAUGGUGACUUUUUGUCCUUGGCUAUCGUUGGAGGAUUUCCAGUUCUCACAUUUGAACUUGGUUCAGGACCAGCGGAAAUACGUGCUAAUAAAUCAAUUUCACUGAGCACAUGGCAUACUAUUAAAAUUCAACGUCUUCGCAAAGAAGGCAAUAUGCUUAUUGAUGGUGAAGGUCCUUAUACUGUUUUUGCAUCGGGUAGAAAACAAACACUCGAUCUAAAGGAACCACUUUAUGUGGGUGGAGUUCCACGUAAUCAAUCAAUUAAUGAAUAUGUGAAGAGGCGAACUUUUGGAAAUGGAGUACAAGGUUUUGUUGGUUGUAUUAGUAAAUUAGUGAUUGGAGAAACUCAUAUUGAUUUAAUGGGCGAUCAAACGGAAAGCACUGGAAUAACGAGUUGUGAAACUUGCGCUGAAAAUUCAUGUCAAAACGGAGGUGCUUGUCAAGAAGCUGCUGUAAAACAUGGUUAUAAAUGCUUGUGUCGUGCAGGUUACAGUGGACCACAUUGCGAAUCCGUGGGACAAUCUUGUUAUCCUGGUGCUUGUGGAGAAGGUAAAUGUGUCGACUUAGAGACUGGUUUCGUAUGCUACUGUCCGUUUGGAACAAAAGGAUCGAGAUGCGAGCAACCAGUUAAUAUCCAUAAGCCAUUAUUUAGAGAUACCAGAUCAUAUCUUGCAUAUCAUACACCAAAAGCUGUUCGUCGAUUAAAAUUAGCAAUGAAUUUCAAUCCAUCUGAUGAGAGUGAUGGAAUUCUAAUGUACGUUUCACAAAGUGAGGAGGGUCUUGGCGAUUUUGCGGCUGUUACAAUAAAAAAUAGACACGUUGAAUUUCGUUUUGAUGUUGGUACUGGAAUGGCGAUUAUCAAAUCAAAUAUUAUUGUACAACCUGGUAUUUGGACACAUAUUUCUGUAAAUAGAGAUUAUAAGCAAGGAUCAUUGUCCGUUCAUGGUGAACCACCUGUUGAGGGAAGAUCUCCUGGAGCAGCACGAACAAUGAGUUUAAAUACACCUUUAUACAUUGGAGGAGUUGAUAGAAGGAAAAUUAUUAUUAAUAAAGAUUUGGGAGUUGAUAGAAGUUUUCAUGGUUGUAUAAAUGAGUUGGAAGUUUCUGCAAUGAAUAUUGAUUUACUAAAAUCGCCCAUUGAUUCUGUAAAUGUUGAAGAUUGUUCAUCAGUUCAUGAACAAAAUCAAACAAUUUAUCCAUCAACAACGCAAUCAUCUACUUUAAUGACUACACUAUAUAAUCCAUGUGUUUCGAAUCCUUGUAUUAAUGGAUUAUGUCAAAGUACAAAUAGUUAUGAUUAUUCUUGUACUUGUGAAUAUGGCUAUGUAGGAAGAAAUUGUGAAAAUGUUUUAAAACAAUGUGAAUUAUUAGUUCCUUGUAGAAAUGGAGGCACUUGCACCGAUUUACAAGGAACAUAUAAAUGCGACUGUCUUCUUGGCUAUAAUGGACAAAAUUGUGAAAAAACCGCUGAAUUUUCUUACGACGUUGCAUUUAAAGGCGACGGUUGGUUAGAACUCGAUAAAUCGAUAAUGACACACGAGGAAGAAAGAGAAGUAUUAGGUUUUGAAAUAACGACAAAUAAAUCAAAUGGUUUGAUUAUGUGGCAUGGACAAACACCUGAUGAUUUACGUCCUGCUGAUUAUAUAUCUCUAGCAGUAGUGGAUGGAUAUGUGGAGUAUCAAUAUAAUUUAGGAUCUGGACCAGCAGUAAUUAGAGUUGCGGCACAACGAGUUGACGAUGGUGAAAGACAUAGAAUUAUUUUAAAAAGGCAAGGAAGUGAUGGAAGCAUUGAAUUAAAUGGCGAACAUAUGGAAAGUGGUGUGAGUGAUGGCUUACAGCAAACUCUUAAUACUCGUGGCAGUGUUUAUUUAGGAGGAGUUCCAGACUUUGCCAUGACCUAUGGAAGAUAUCGAGAUGGCUUUUCAGGAUGUAUUUAUACACUUGAAGUUCAAGAUUCUGGUGCAAUCGAUAUUGGAGAAAAGGCGAUUAGGGGAAAAAAUGUUUUACCUUGCACAAGAGCAAGAUGGAUUCCAUCUUCGCUUGUAUUUCCAGACGCGGAUACUGAUAUCUUCGAUGCUUUUGUACCUCCACCACCUGUAAAUAUAAUUCAUCCGAAACCCACACCUAAUUUUGCUUUUCGAAAUAUUGACUCUUUCUUUCUUUUGCCAGUCACGUGUCUUUUUUUGAUAAAUAGUCAACUUUUGUCACUAACAAGAUUUAUAUGUUUAUUUUUAAAAUAAUUACCCAUUUUAAAAUAAUGCACGUUUUCUAAAUUAAAUGUACAAAAUUUAGAAAAUGGGCAUUUUUUAAAUGCUUAUAUUGUCAAUGUUAUUUGUAACUAAUGAAUUUGUAAAUUAUUGCUUUUCCUAAUCAUGGAAUUGAACGAUUGAGUGACUUGAGCAAUCAGAUUUAAUUACACCAAUAGCAAAAAAAAAAAAAAAAAAACCAAGAGGUGUAAUAUUAUUAUAAUGAUUAAAACAAAAA